AUGUUCAAGCGAUACCAGAACUGGUCGGGCUUGCAGGGCUCGCAUUCGUCGGACGAGGACGACUCGAGCGACGACGAGAUCGAGCAGCAGCAGCAGCAGCAGCAAACCAAGACCACUGCCAAGCGUGCACACGAGAGUGCUGCUGAAGCAAAGGCGGCAGUCGGCAUGGGCAGCGGCAGCGGCACGGCGGCUGGGCGGCGAUCCUUGACACAUGGAGCAGCAGCGAUCCAUGCGGACAAGAAGACCAAGCUGAGCGACGAUCAGGACAAUCAAGAAGAUGACGACGAAGAUGACGAUGAAGACGAAGAUGAAGACGAAGAUGAAGACGAGGAGGAGGACGAGGACGAAGACGAGAACGAGGACGAGGACGAUGAUGAUGAACACGAGGACCAAGAUGGCGAGGAUGAUGACUUGGACUCGGACGACAUGGACGAAGAUGGCAGCGACAUUGCAAGCGAUCUGGACGAGGACGAGGACGACGGUGACGAGGAAGACGGUGACGACGACGACGACGAUGAACAGCAGGAGGAAAUCUCGCUCUGGCCACCACGCAUGAGCAAGGAACGGGAACAACGCAGGGAAGCGUUCGCAGCCCGCCAAUGCCCGACAUGUCCGCAUAAGGUGCUUGUCUCGCAGCGACAGUACGACUCGCACAUUGCUGGAAAG